GCGUUUGAUGAUUUUAUCGCUUUCUGCGAUGGGCAUGCAGACCAAGAAGAUUUCAAUCUGGGAUCCUGCCAGCUGCGCUGUGUGGUGUCUGGUCGCCACUUGGGCCCGAACAUGCGCAAGUUGACCAUGCACGAGAUUUUCGUGCAAGCUGAUGCAGUCCUGAUUGCAGGCAAGGCAGAUCAAAUGGAAGAUGAAACGCUGGCGCGCAAAUUUUCGGCUGUCGAGUGCCCGGUGUGCCUGGGCGUUUUGCAGGCUAUGGCGUCGGUGCCCGCUGAGACCCAGGUGGCCCAGUCGGACGAGACCCAGCUGACCGACGGAGAGGAGACACUGGAGUGCCAGAAAUGCGGCUCCAGCACCAAGGCGUCUGACGGAGCAGUGCCGAAGGCAGCAGGUCAAGUUUACUGCAAGUGGUGCGCCAAUAUAUACCAAAUGUUGUACCGACAUUUGGGUGGCUUGCCACAGACGUUGUCCACCAUGACAGCUUCAGAGCAGAAGGAGUUUUGGAAGAAGUCGUCUGAGCUCAUCCAGGCGACCCCCAGGAAUGGAAGAUGGUCUCUGGUGAGGUCUUCGUUGGUGUCCGAAAUGUGCCGCUUCAAAAAGGAGGUGAUGACCCGCCGCGUUCGAAGGGAGUUCAAGCCCUUGUCGGUUUGGGCCGCUGAAGGCUACGACGUCCGCCUCCUGCAGGAGAAAGGUGAGAAGGAGGAGAACCCAGUAUGGGGAGAGACCUGGGCGGCGCCGAAGCUUGUCAUCGAUGACGAUGAGGUCCGUGGAAGUGUUGAGAAGGAGUUGGCUGAGAAGGAGUACGCCUUAAAAAAGGCAAAGGUGGUGAAAGGGAAGUCAGUACAACGUGACAAAACCACCACGGCCACCGCAGCCACGACGGCCACCACGGCCAUCCCAAUCGAAGACGAUGAGGUCUGGAGUAUCCCCAGUGAGGGGGAAGCGGCAGUGGCAAAGGAGCCGGGGAACAAAGCAGCCAAGUGUGGCAAGGAGGAUGACGCAGCGAAAGCAGCGCGGAAGGCCGCCAGGGAAAGGGUGGCAGCUUGGAAGAAGGAAGUGGGCAAAGCAUCCAGGUGCGUCUGUUCCCUCAACAGCGUCCACCAGUCCUUGGUGACCACCAGUGCCAAGUGCGAGAAGAACAAAGAGCUUUUCACCGAGGAGACCAUGAAAGGCAUGCGCGAUGCUUUGCAGGAGAUCACAAAGCACAAGAACAGCGCUGCAACUUUGGUGAGCGCGACCGAUGAGGAGAAGAAUGUCAAGAUGCCGCUGAUCUUUUCUGACGUUUCGGAAGUGCAGGAGGCGGUGAAAGCCGCGCAGCUGGUCCUCAAGGAUGUGAGGGCGAUCUUCAGUGAAAAGUCUGCGGCCAACCGUGCCCUGAAGGCAGCGGCCAAACCGAAGCCUGACUCUAAGGCAAAGGCAAAGCCCGGCGCUAAGAAGAGAGACAAGAAGAUUACUCGAGGAACAUUUGAACGGAAUGUGGAGCAAGGUAAAGAGGCAUGGUUAGCAGUCACUGAGGCAGUGACAUUUUCAUGUCACGAUGGUUCUGAUGUGGCUUUGCCCAUUGUUGACCUGCGCAAAUAUCUCCAGAAAAUGUGCAGCGAGGUGCCUGCUUGGAGAUCCGCCUUGGAGACUGCGUUGAGCCAAAGCCGUUCCUUAUCUCCAGUCCUUUUUUGUGACGAAUGCACUUCUGGGAACGUGUUGGCUGUGAACAAGCUUAGAAAGGCCAAUUUAUAUCACCUCAGUUGGCUAGAGCUUUGGCACCUGCUCAAAAAUCAAAAUGCCUGGGUCCCUUUGACCUGCGUUCAGUCUCAGUGCCUUUCCAAGAUCAAAGGUGGAGCCAGCAGGGUCAUGAUUGAGAUCCUGAAGCGGGUCUUGACCCCUGAAAAUGAGCAAGGAUUCCGUCUCAGUGACAUGGUCUUUCGACAAAGGCGAAAGGCGAAGUUUGUAGCAGACUUGGAGGCGGUGAGAUCUGUAUACUCCGUAAAGGGGAGUGCAGGACUUCGUUGCUGCAUUUUGUGCCGAAACGUUGUGAAAAAGGAUUCUGGGGUGCCAUGCCAUGACAAUUUUUUCGUUGAGAUAUCGUCAGCAGGAGGUUUCAUCGAUGCAACCAAUGAUGAUAUCUUUCAACAAUGUGACCGAAUGAUGGCACCCUGUACCAGAAAGGCUAUGGACGCUCAAGAGAUUGCCGCUGGAAUCACUUUCGAUCCAGAAACUUUGCUCUGGUCGCCUGUGCGAACUUUGAUGCCUCCAUCGGAAAUCAUUUACGACGUGAUGCAUGUUUACCUGAUCAACGGCAUCGCCUCUUGGGAAGUCCAUUUGCUUUUGAACAAAGUGUAUGAAUGCACCCGUGUUACCCGGGAAAGCUUUCAGAGUGCUGUGAUGGCCUCCCAAUGGAAAGGAAUGAAAUCAAGUGGGAAGACCGAGAACUACAUCAAAAAUCUUUUUGAGGAGCGUAUGUUUGGCGAAUCCCUCUUCAAAGGGCAGGCCCACCAGACUUCUUCAAUUGUGCCCUUGAUCAGGUACUAUAUGGAAGAAUUGUUUGAGCGCAGCCUUCCCGAGUUUGUCUGCAAAUCUUUCAAGUGCUUAGGCAACAUAGUGAAAUUCAUCCGGGAGGUGCAGAAUGGUCUCGUGGCAAUUGAUGAAAGGACGAGGACCCAUUUAGAUAAACUCCAGCGAAUGCACCACAUCUACUUCGGCAAAGCCUAUGGAGAGGAUGAGUACCGGCCGAAGCACCACCACCGGCAUCACCUGCCUCUCCAGUGGUUGCGCGCCGGGGUGCCAGUCACAUGUGAAAGCCUUGAGUCCAAGCACAGCCUUUACAAACUUGGCGUUGGAGAUCAUCAGAAGAGUCUAGUCCACGACCAUGGAAAGUUUAGCUCCUCAGUGCUCACCAAGAUGCUCCAGACCAAUUGCGCGCUUCUCCAGAAGACAGGAUUACCUUUCUGGGAACUUCUUCCGCCCAUCAGCGAAGCCACCAUGGACGACAAAAUCUUUUUCCUGUCAAUGGAACUCAAGACCAGCAAGAGCCGCUGG